AUGGUGUCCAUUCCACGGAAAAUUGCCAGACUGAUGGCAUUUGCGUUGAUCGUUUCAACCAUUUUACUUGUGGGAGUCAACUCUGGAGGCUGGAACUUUCGAUCGGGCUCAAAAUCACGAGUCUCUGGAGACAGAAAACUUGUCUUCUCGCACAAGAGUUCCAAGUUGCCUCAACAGAUAGUGGAAGAAAAUUACAAAACGUUGCAGGACAUAUUGAAGAAGCCUAUUGACGAACCCAAGACGGGAAAUCUUGUGCGACCGCCCUCUGAUCCAAACCGAUACGAUCGUGCCAAUGCCACUAUGUUGGUGUUGGUGAGGAACCGAGAAUUAGGUCAGGUUGUGCGGACAAUCAAGCAAAUAGAGGCAAAGUUUAAUCAAAAGUUUCAUUACCCUUACGUCUUUCUCAAUGAGGAGCCAUUCACGGAGAGAUUUAAGGAGACCAUCAAAAAACACGUUUCGGGUGAAACGUAUUUCGAAAGCAUAGAUAAGGCGAUCUGGGAACAGCCCAAAUCGAUAAGUUUACAAAAACAGGCCGACGCAAUGCAACAGCUAGAAACAGAGAACGUUGGAUAUGCUAAAUUGGUGUCUUAUCAUAACAUGUGUCGCUACUACAGCGUGAACUUUUAUAACCAUCCUCGAUUACAACAGUUCCGCUACUAUUGGCGUUUCGAGCCGGGCACCGAUUACUACUGUGAUCUUGAUUAUGAUGUGUUCAAAUUCAUGGAGAUGAACAAGAAAACCUACGGGUUCGUGAUAGCGUUGUACGACGUUGAACAAUCUGUUAAGACGCUGUGGCCAAAAACAAUGGAAUUUUUGGCUCAACAUCCGGAUUAUCUUCAUCCAAAUGGAGCUUACGAUUUCCUGCUAGAGAAUCUGCAAAACCCACAUAAGACACUCACCGCAAAUGGGUACUCUACAUGCCACUUUUGGUCCAAUUUCGAGAUAGCAGACAUGGACUUUUACAGAAGCAAGCCGUACUCAGACUGGGUCAACUUUCUGGACUCCACUGGAGGCUUCUACUAUGAGCGCUGGGGAGACGCCCCUGUCCAUUCUGUGGGUGUUAGCCUUUUUGAGGAUCGUGACAAAAUCCAUUGGUUUAGAGACAUAGGCUACAAGCAUCAGCCGUACACUCUGUGCAGUAAUCGUCCGUCUUGUGCAGGGUGCAAGACUGCAGAUUUCACCUAUAAACAUCUGCGGGAUCAAAACUGUCUGACCAACUGGUGGAAUUACGAAAUGUCUGAUGAUCAGAAGAAUAUAUAUUGA